AUGGAGACCGAGAGGUUUAGUAGCUUCGCUGUUAGUUAGCUGGUUACUUCUUUACGGUAACGACAAACAUGGUGAAUAUGACCAACUACGGGAUGUUAUAACAAGUUAUAUCCAAAAACCUUGAGAUGUGCAUUUGCCAGCUAUUAGUGAACUCACACCACCUGCAGAAUAUUCAAGAUUGAAGAGGAAAACAAAGAUUCUCCAUGAUCUUCAUCUCCAACUUGAUAUGGCGUUGAGAGAGUUAAAAGUUUGUCUCCUUGGGGAUACCGGAGUUGGGAAGUCAAGUAUCGUCUGGCGAUUUGUAGAGGACAGCUUUGACCCAAACAUAAACCCAACAAUUGGGGCGUCCUUCAUGACCAAGACAGUCCAAUACCAAAAUGAGCUGCACAAGUUCCUAAUCUGGGACACGGCAGGACAGGAGCGGUUUCGUGCUUUGGCUCCGAUGUACUACAGAGGUUCAGCAGCGGCCAUCAUUGUUUAUGACAUCACAAAAGAGGACUCCUUCCAAACACUGAAGAACUGGGUGAAAGAGCUUCGCCAGCACGGCCCUCCCAACAUAGUAGUCGCCAUCGCUGGCAACAAAUGUGACCUAAUAGAUGCCAGGGAAGUGCUAGAAAAGGAUGCCAAGGACUAUGCCGACUCCAUCCACGCCAUCUUUGUGGAGACCAGCGCCAAGAAUGCCAUUAACAUCAACGAAGUGUUUAUAGAGAUAAGUCGGCGCAUCCCCGUUGUUGAAGCAGCAGGAGGAACCUCAGGAAAAGGUUUCAAAUUGGGACGACAGGCCUCAGAGUCUCGCAGGACGUGCUGCUGAUGACGCUGGUGGCCGUCCCCACCACGACCUGUGACCUGACCUUGACUCUCCCGCCAUGCUCCGGGCCUAUUUCAGCUCAGAACCACCACACACUCUCAAACACGCUGCAGCCACCGACACCUGAGUGCGGCAGUGCUGCAGCAACUUUGUUAUUUUUCUUCUUAAAUGACAUUCACUAUCAGGACAUCAUCAUGCAUCACAGUCUGCCGGCAAGAGAAACACUUCAAGUUUGCCAAACGUUGGUGAAAUGCUUGCGUUUAUAUAUUCACAGAUACCGUCACAUAUCCAGCUGUCCUGGCUUCUCUAACGAACUCCAGCUUCAGUUUGGUGGAUCAUUGGCAAAGUUCUGUUAGAAGAACAGUUGUGGAUUUGUACAAAUCUUAGCAUCUUCAAGAAAAAAAUCCAAAGAGGUGAUUUAACCUCAUGCAGUUAUUUUUCUUAAGUUACUGUUUAUUAUUUUUUCUUAAGUUACUGUUUAUUUUGUUAUUUUGUCUGUUUGUUUAUUUGUUUUAAAAGAAAGAGAGAGAGAGAGUUCACAAAGAACCGUCCUUGAGUUCAUUAAGGAACCAUCUUGACCGGUAAUGUUCAUACUCACUCAUGUAUGCAAGAUUUCGAAUAGAGAAGUUGUUAUUAUCUAAGGACAGAUUGUGAAUGCAUAAUUUAAAUGCUAUUGUGUGAUUGCCACUUUGAUCAAGGUAAAAUACCAGCGCUUUUUGGAUGUAAACCACAAUCAUGCAGUAAAAUAUGGAGAAAUGAGAAGUGUGUCUGAGCCUGCUUCCUCUACGCUGAGGGAACGGUUCAGUAUGAUGUAUAACUGACAUACCUAUCAUGUCUGUUACAAUAUAAAUAUGUAGCUGGAGUCGGGAGAGGGUUUCUUAGCACUUAUCAUAAAGCCAAAGUCAGGCUAAUCUAUUUUACUCUUCUAGCCUCAUACUUGAUGGACAAAUUCUGAUCAAACUGGAGCAGAAAGGGAAAAAUCACGUUCCUCAAACUCAGCCCCUCCCCUCCUUUCGGGUUUAAAGGAUAUUUGUAUUUCCACUUAUUAAGAAAAAUGCAUAUUUAUUGUGAAACGGAACCUCCAUUAUCAGAAGGACCUUACCGUCAUAAUCACUCGAUAUUAAAUGAGAGCUUAAAACAGAGACUUGACUGAUCUGAAUAUAAGAACAUUUACAUCUCCCGCCAUCUGCUCUCCUGUUCAGGUAGUACCUGACCGUGUAUUCACAGACUCCUGUGUACAAAACACAUGCUAGAGAUUACUGCCAGUGUUAACUGUUCACUGGUGAGCAAUCUCUUCUUUGGUCUUUUGCCGCAACUUGGCAACAGUUAAACAGAGGAUUUUUGUGAGGUUUUUGCCAAAUUCUUUAAUUGUCCCAUAAACUCCACCCCCCCCAGUGAUCGGCACCAGAACUCACAUCUAAUGUUGUUUUAUUGCUUGGCUUGCAAUGAAAACGGUGAGAUCUGGAAAUUUCUAUUUUACAGCUCAAAUCUCACGUUAGCAGGAGUUUUAUAGGUGGAGAGUCAGACAUGCUGCUGCGUCGACAUGCUGACCCCUUGUUGAACCUUGGUCUCCAUUCUGCUCUGAAUUACUGUAGCUAUUUCUUGCAGAGUCUGCUUUCUGUAUUUCUUUUUUUUUUAAACACAUUUCUCCCACGUUUUGUGCCUCAUUUCUGCAGGUGCUCACUGCUUUUGAGAGCUUUUCACAGAACCAUUUACAUUCCCGUGUCUGAUUUCCUCCCAGCCACCCUGGUGCUUUACUGAAGUAGCAACAUUUGCUUCUGAUAUUUUGAAUUAAUUGGACAGAAUCAGCCAUGGAGCCAAAACUGGUUUAUUAAUUCUGCAUAGUUUUCGCCCUGUGUGUUUAUUUCUUUUCAUAUUUGGUUAAAAACAGAAAAGAAGUUGUUGACUUGUGUUCAAGCAAUGUUGCCUAAUUUUGAGGAUUUUCCUGUGGAGUGCAAUAGUUGUUUUGUUUUUUUUGUUGUUUUUUUUAUUCAGAAUGUGACUUAAUCUGUGUGAUCUCACCUCUCAGUCCCCAUAAAAAGUAAUUGCAGGUUAUAUUGAUCUCAUUUAUGCUGAUUUUAUGACUGUUUUCCCUCACAGUCAACCAAAUAAACAAUGUGAAGGAGCAAGCUGUUCCUCCAAAAAAAAAAAAAUCUGGGAAAAUAAACUUUAUUUCGUCUGUCAUUAAUAACCGUGCAGCACUAAACACUAUAUUGCCAACUCUAGCUAGUUUUUAAACCAUGUUUUCAGGAAACGCAUUGAAAAGGGACAAAACUUUGGUACUUUGAAAGCUGGCCUUUGACUCUCUGUGUUAAUAGGCGCAUAUUUCAUGCUCUGUCUGCACUCUGUUAUUUCUGUGAAAUCGCUGAAUGAAAUAUCUCCGAGUGUUUGAAUUUUUAUCUCUUUUCAUGUUGUUUAAGGUGUCUGCUCAGUUCUUAUUACUUUGAAGAUGGUGGUGCCAAAGCUGUUUUAUCACACCACACAUAAUUAACCGCCUUUUUUUUUCAUGGUGAAUAUAAUAUUAUUAUUUUAAGUGCUAAUUGCAUGAAAGUUUGAUCAUUGUAACUUUGUAAUUUCCCCCUUUUUGGAAACAGGAGACAUGACAUUAAUGAUGUUCCAGUAGUUUUGUUUGAGCAAAAAAAAAAAAACUACCAAAAGUCUCAGGCUGGUCCUGGGAAUGUGAUUACUCUAUAUUAUAUAUCUUUUACGGUGUAGAAUUAUGCCAUCAGAUAUGACACAAAUUAACAAUUAUACUCCUAUUCCAUGUCUUCUUUUUGUGAACACAAUACAUCUGUAUGCCAUUUGCAGUAAAACUAUCAACAUUGUAGUUGCAAUAUUUGGCUUUUUACAGUUUCAAGAUGAUUAUGAUAAAAUGCCUGAGAAGACUUGUUUGCAGUGUAAUCCCAAAUGUGUUAAAAGGGAAUUGUCAGUUGUUUACUAAUAAAAUUGACACA